AUGAAAGUCUCGACCAUCGAUGAAAGAGAAGGCUUCAUUUUUGAUGUCUGUUGGCAUCCAUCAGGAAAUUACAUAGCUGUUUCAGGUGCUGAUGGCAAGCUGAAGAUUUUUGAACAAAAAGAAAAUAAUUUCGUUGAAAUUGUUUGCAAGCAACGAGAAAGAGCAGCUAGAAGAGCACAAUUCUCACCAGAUGGAACUAAAAUUGUUGUUGCUGGAUUUGAUGAACAUGCAAUUGUUUACAGCUUUGAUCCAAAGUUGGAUGGUGUACUUUCAGAAGAAGCUACACUCAGUGGACAGGAUGCUGAGAUUAAAACAGCAAGAUGGUCUCCAAAAGCAGACUUAAUCGUAACAGCAAGUAGAGAUAAAUCAGUUUGGGUUUGGGAUACAGAAGAAUACGAUUUCAUUGCAGUACAUAGCGAACAUACAGCCGAUGUAAAGGAUGCUAUGUUCUCUCCCGACGGAAAAUUCAUUGUUUCCGUUUCAUUUGAUGAAAAAGUUAAAGUUUGGGAAGCUAAAGAAGAAUUAGGUUCAUUACAGACAUUCUCUCAUCAUCAAGGUACAGUUUGGAGCUUAGCAUUCAAUCCAAAUAACGGCAAUUUCAUUACUUUAGGUGAAGAUGGAAAAAUUAUUUUAUAUAAAUUAGACAAGGGAUCAUACCAGAUUGCUGCAGAACUACAACUCCAAGGAGAUCUCGAAUCUCUUUAUACAGCCUACUAUCUUGACGGCCAAUGGUUUGUUGGCGGCAGUCAAACGAAGAUCUUUGUUGUUGCCGAGGAUCUUUCGAAGAUUAACCGCACAAUUCCGAUUGACCAGAUGGGAGACAUCAAUUGCAUUGCAGCAAAACCAGGAUUCCCCAACCUCGUUGCUGUAGGCAAUGAUGAUGGUACUGUUUCUCUCUUCGAUAUAGAAAAAUCAAAAUAA